AAAUAACUUGAGAAUAUUUUUAUCCUCUUUAUAUGAGAGAUAAAUAUGUUCUUGCGGGAGCACAUGUUUAACAAGUUCAAUUGCAUGAACUUAUAUAAAAUGGAAUGCAAGUCAAUAUCAAACAAUGAUAGUAGACCGAAUUUAUUGUGCUUUUACAGUUUACUUUAUUUGAGUAUGUAAUCGAAGAUGUUACACUUGUGUUCACCUAAUAAUUAUUUGUUAGAGAUGUAAUCAAUUUGUGGUGGAUAGGUGCCUGACUAUGUUAGUCUUGUGCCAGGUGUUCUGAAAGCAGAUUUUAUUCAGCCUACUCAUAAUAAGCAAGAUUUUGAGAGGACUUCCUUGUUUGCAAAGCUUGAACAUCGCUUGAAAUGACGUGGGAAUACUGGGAUUGUCAUUGUCAACUACUUGGGUAUCAGAAAAAGAGGCCUAAGUCUCAGGUCCCCAUUGAUACUUUGCCGCCAAAACCACCUGGCUUUGAAAUACCGGUGGCAUUGAACAAAAGUACCUAUCCACAUAGCACGUUUGAGCAAGUAUCUCCUACUAAGAGGAAAGAGAGACAUGGAUCUAUGGACCUUCAUAAGAUGAAAAAGCAAACAAGGAAACAGGAUUUCUCAACAAGUGUUGGUUGGAAUGAUGAGAAUAUACAGACUACUGCAUGUUCUGAAGACCAGGAGGAAGACCAAGGCGCUAUACACUUGAUACAAGUGAACACAGAACUCCGUGCAAGGUGUUUGGAAUUUGAAAAGACAAAUGAAGAACUUUGUCACAAGGUGACAGAGCUUAGAAGCAAAAUUCAAGACGCUAAGCUUGAGUAUAAUAGCCUUUUGUCUCAAGUGCACAACCAGGACCUGAUGCUAACAUGUAGUGUAGAUGGUAAACCUCUUGCAGCCUAGCUUUGUUUCUCCAGAAUUUGUUUUUUUGGUGGAAGGUUCUCUAGUUUGAAACAAUGUUGUAUGAUAUGGGGAUGGAUUCUUCAUGUGAAAAUAUAAACAUGGUCAUGUGCAGAUUUUUUUGGCCCCAAUAUAGCUCUCGCAAGAGAAUAUAAUAUAUAGUGAAAGUUAUGUGAGAGUUUAGCCCAGUCUAUAUAGAUAGCUAUUUUUACCUGUAAUUAUAUGAAAGUAAGAUACAUCCUAAUAUCUAGCUUUUUGUAGAUAUAUGAUACUAUGAGCUUUAAGUAAUUAAUGCCAUUCUAUAAAUGAGGAUAGAGUUGAGCUUCUCUACCACUCCCCCUAAAGGGAUUCCUUUGGAUCCUUACAAGUUACAUUCUUAUGGUUUUGUUGGA